GAUGGUGCUGGCUGGUAACUUAUCUUGCCCAAAGAUUCCUUUCUCUGUGAGUUGCAGCAGAGACUAUUUGGUGUCCCAGGAGUGGCCACGGACCUCUUAUUGUCCUGCCAUACUUUGCACGUCAUACUUAGGAUGCCAGCGUUCACAUUUAUCAUCAUUACCAGUAGCCAUGGUUUCAGACUGUGUCCACGACGAAUUUAACUGAAGUCAUAUUAAAUCUUCAUUUAAAUCUCCUUGAAUUUUCACAAGAAUCCUACAAGGUAGCUGUCAUUUGCCCCCAUGUUACAGUGGCCGCAGCUGAGGCUGAGGGCUGGCCGGAGCCUGGCCUAAGACCACAUCUGUAGUGGCAGGUGAGGCGGGGAUUCAGACCCUAGCCUGCAGCGCCUGCUUUUCCUACCACAGGCCAGGAGCCCCUUCUCGUGGCUCCUGAGAAUCACCUCCAGGUCUCUCCUUUGGCUCCCGUGGCAGGAAUGUGGGAGCUCCCAUUUUAAGUCUUCCCCCCUCCUCCCUGGGGCUCGGGUGGGGUGUCUGCUUUCAUUGUUGCGCUGUGGGGUUUGGAGCACCGCCUGUGGAUGGACUGUGCAGUGCAGCCAGGCACAGUGGCCUGAGCCCAAAGAAACCAAUCUGGCAGACAGCAAGCAGCAGGGAGGGAAAGACUUGAGGACUAGGUCACCCCUUGCCACUCAGCGCCUCCUGGCCCCACACAGUAUGGCCUGCCCCAUCAUGGAGAUCCCGUGUAGCCUGCUUCUGGGGGGUCCUGCCAGGGCAGAACAUGGUGGCAAGCUUCCCAGGAGGCCUGCACAGCCUUGGGGAGACAGACGGCCCCUGACACCACCAGUCAUUUCUAGCCAGAAGACCGUCCUUCUGUACAUUUGGGAGGGAGACCUGAGGGAAGGACCUCCAGACAGGAAGUUUAUCCUUUCCUAUGGUUUUGGCCUCACAGGGCUUUGGUUGUGUCGUUUCUUGUCAUGCUGUUGAGCCUCUGGAAUGAUGGCCAGCUCCUGGAUAGAGGCUCUCACCCGGCUCCUGCCUCUGCCUCUAAUGGGCUUUGUGACCUUUGGCAGAUUAGUUGCUUUCAUCAGGCUGGUUUCUUCACCUGAAAAAUGGGAGUCUGGACCGCCCUUUGCUAAGGUUCCUUGAGCUUUGAUAAAGGUGGUUUCUGAGUGGGACGAGGGGGUUUUGGCUUCCAGUCCUGGGGCUUCCCGAAUACCUCCUCCUCUUACAAGGGUCCUUUCUGCCUCUGGCCUAGAGGUACAUGGAGGAGGAAAGAGUGAAGUUAAUGAUUAAAACAGAGGCCCUGGUUUCUGAUGGAAGUGGGAUGGGGCGGAGGUUGUUUACAGAGAUGGUUGCCUGUCCGGUCAGUGGCAGGGUCUUGAGGCCUGACUUCCGUCCUGUGCCGGUAGCCCUGCUGCUGCUUUCAUUUUAACUGCCUCCUGCCCCUGCCCGAUGCAUUUAGGAUCUAGAAGUUUCCAUGGCUGCACUCCAGCCUGAAUUUAAGAAGUGCAACAUGGCCAGAGGCUGCCUCUGCUGCUUGAAGUACAUGAUGUUCCUCUUCAAUUUGAUAUUCUGGUGCCUGUGUUGGGUUGGGCACCUGACCAAGACUGACCUUCGGGAGAAUGGAGGGACACUUGUCCAUACCUCUCAUGCCAGGAGCAAAGGAUCGGCUGGACAGCUCUGUGGCUGUGGGCUGCUCGGAGUGGGCAUUUGGCUAUCCGUGUCCCAAGGCAACUUUGCCACCUUCUCCCCCAGCUUCCCCUCGCUGUCUGCAGCCAACCUGGUCAUCGCCAUAGGCACCAUUGUCAUGGUGACAGGCUUCCUCGGCUGCCUGGGGGCCAUCAAGGAAAACAAGUGCCUCCUUCUCAGUUUUUUCAUCAUCCUGUUGAUCAUCCUCCUGGCAGAGUUGAUCUUGCUCAUCCUCUUCUUUGUCUACAUGGACAAGGUAAAUGAGAACGCCAAGAAGGAUCUGAAAGAAGGACUAUUGCUGUACAACACAGAGAACAACGUGGGGCUUAAGAACGCCUGGAACAUCAUCCAGGCUGAGAUGCGCUGCUGUGGCGUCACCGACUACACAGACUGGUACCCAGUGCUGGGGGAGAACACAGUGCCCGACCGCUGCUGCAUGGAGAACUCCCAGGGCUGUGGGCGCAACACCACCACCCCUCUGUGGAGAACGGGCUGCUAUGAAAAGGUGAAGACGUGGUUUGAUGACAAUAAGCAUGUGCUUGGCACGGUGGGGAUGUGCAUCCUUAUCAUGCAGAUUCUGGGCAUGGCCUUCUCCAUGACCCUCUUCCAGCACAUCCACCGGACUGGUAAAAAGUACGAUGCCUGAGCGGGCUGGCCGGGAGCACCCCAGCCCCCACGCAGACACUGUGCCAGGGAAGAAGAUUUGAGCUUUGUGUUGCCUGCCCGCGCUCUCCAGACUGCUGACCCCUGCACCCGACUCCCCCCGCAGCCCACCCUCCCCCAGCCCACCCCGCCUCAGCUUCUUGGUGGGUGGAGGGCCAGGGAGGAGGAGGCGUGGAGGAGGCACACAGAGACCUUGGGUGCUGGGGGUGCCUGGAUUCCUGCAUCUGUGUAUUUGCCAAAGAAGACAGGGUGGGCCGGGUUCAUGCUCCAGGAGCCCUCCAGCACUGAUGCGUUUCUGCCUCUGCCCUUCCUCACGCUGACACUUGGUCCCCAUGUGGGUGGGGCGCAGAGUGCUCCCUCCUGGUCCAGAGACUGCCCACGGAGCCACGGGUGCCCACCGCCAUCCAUGGGAAAGCUGGCGGGGGGGGUGGGUGGGGUGGGGGUCUGACUGCCUCUGGGCAAGGCCCCCGGGAGCAUCUUGCCCAGGCUUUUUAUACCUUACAGUGUAACUUUUUUAUUUUAUUUUACUCUGAUUCUGAUUAUUCAGGAAUAUUAUCUUCCAGAUAAGUUUAGGGUUAGCUUUCUGAUUUAUAACUUUUUACUGUGUUGAUUUCUGUAAUGGUUUGAUUUUCUUUUUUUUCCUGAGGGUGGGGGACAGGUGCGGGGAGAGAGGAUGUCCCGUCAGGUUUCAAUCAGGACAAACCACUGUGCAGCUCUCAGGAGUCCCCGGGGAGAUGCACCAGGCCUGUGCUCAGGACGCACCGAGUGGGAGGGAGAGUGGGCCAGGGUGUGCGGGGCCCGCGUCGGUGGCACAGGAGCCUGGAUGAGGCGUGUGCAACAGAAAGGCACAGAGCAGCGUGGAGGGGCACCCUGCCUGGGGGCCAUAGGUUUGCUGAUGCUGGCUCCAGCGGCCCGAACGGUUGGGGGUCCGUGGGGGGCCGGCGAAGUGCUUUGCCAGGAACGUGGCCAGGGCCGUUGUGGGUCCUUCUGCUUCACCGAUGAGCAGUCUUUUCUUUUUCCCAUCCUUCCUUCCUCCUGCCCUCUGCUGGCACCGGAGGCUCCCCCUUCCGCCCCAUGCGGGCAUAUUCCCGCGACAGGUUCUGCAAACCCCAGUUACUUUCACAGACAUUCCUGCUAGAAACUCUCGGACAAAUACCUCUCUAGUUCAGAUGCUGCUCACUUUCUCACAUUGCUUCUGGAAGGGGAAGCAUUCCUUAUGUUUUGCUGCUCAGACAGUGGCAGAGGUCCCGUGACCAUCAGGAGGGGAGGGUGGAAGUAGUGCCCGUGAUCAUUCCAGCUGUACUCACUGGGCUGCACGUUCCCUGCCGAGAGGGAGGGGAAGAUGACCAGGGGGUCCCGGGACCCUCAUCCCCUUCCUCAGGGUUCAUUGAUGGUGGGGUGGUGGCAGGUCUGUCCUCCGUGGCCCCGAGGAGAAGCACAGGGAGGUCAGACUGGAUCUUGCUACAGCAGCCCCAGGGAGAAACAGCCAAGUCACGGUGUAGAAGCUGAACAGGCCGGGUGGGGUAUCUGACUGCAGCAGGGGGGCCCUCAGGCUUUAAGCUGGUCUGAGUGUGUUUGCAGUUAAAAAACUAAAGUCAAGAAUUCAUGGGACUGAGCGUGCAGAGGCUGUCCACUGGCCGGCUAGGAUCCAGUGCGCUUCCCCGACCCGGCCUCACGUGGGGCAGCUGCCUGUUCCCUGCACCGUUUGGCUCAAUACCUUGAUUUCUCACCAGGCCCACGUCUCCUUUCCAGCCUGCACUUGUCUGCUCCAAAAGCUGAGACCUGGCCACUCAGCCGGCAACUCCUGCACCCGCCAAAGUAAAAUACAGGGGGGACCAGAAGUAUAGAACUUUUGGUGUUCAGGAGUCACGAUUUUGGGGGAUGAGAAGUGGAGAGUAAGGUGGGCUCAAUGAGUCAGGCAAGGAACCCCCACAGCCCACCCCACGACAGAAGUGAAGGUGCCCAUGGCAAAGCUGGGAAGGUGGGUCCUUGGGGGGACAAAGGGGCCAGCACAUGCUGGAGCCAAACUGCCUUCCUGGGUCCUCUGGUGCCAUCUUCCUGGUGCGGGACUUCAGCUGCCUCCCUGGGGACUCCCAGCUGCAGAGCACAGAACAGACAUGCUACUGCGUCACUGCGGAGACGCGCUCAGCCAAUGCGCGCUGGAGUCACACAGAAGGGACUGGGUGUGUAAUGACCUUGGGGAGGAUGGGGCGGGCUUGUUCAUGCCUAUCAAUGCAAUUUCAGUUUUUGUUCAAAUCAGCAAAAGCUCAACACCUUGGGGGGUGCGUGUGUGUAGCCUCCCUGGCAGUCUUAGUUUCUAGAGCUUCAGGGAUGUCCUCUGGCCCUGGAGCCUCCCCCGCGGUCCCCCUCUACCCACCAGCGCCCCCUCACCUGUCCGUUCAUGGAGGCUUGUCCACAGUCCCUCAGACCGCCUUCCUGCCUCACCCUGUGCUUGGCCGCUUAGGCAUUUGCUCGAGUCUCCUCUGGGGGAAGGCACAAGGGGUGGGGGUGCUCUUCCAGACCCCUCGCCCUUCCUGCAGGGUGGAUCCCACACAUAGAAGGUCACGCCACACGGUGUCUGUGGCAGCCCAGUGUCUUCUCUGUUUCUCCUGACUGUGCUCCCACUGGGGCAGCACUAACUCGAUGAGCUCCCUCACGUGUGACUUCCCUUGCCAAAAUCAGCGUCAGUUUGGUCAGGUCUGAUGCAGUUUCCAGAUUCGACUUAGAAGGUCAGGUUCUGGAGACAGCUUCAAGGGGGUGCCGGCUGAGACUUGGCCUUUCCCUGCAGCCAUCUUGCAGAGGUGGUGGGCGAGCAGGGACUGAGAACCACCCUUGGGGGGCUGCGGCAGGUGUUGGGGGACAGUCUCCACCCUCAGACCCCCGCUGGAGCACUGUCACCCCCUCCCCCGCACCAGCAUGGGCCAGCACCUUGGGCUCUCACUCCAGAAAGGUUGCUGCCCCACCCCAGACCCUCGCACAGAUGUUCUGGUUUGACUUGGACCCGGGUGGCCGUCGCUCCUUGCUUUGGUGGCCCCAAAGCAGUCCAGGUAGAUGGAAAUGGCUGUGCCCUCCUCUGCAGCCCCCUGCCCACCCACACUGGUGGAGGUGCUAACUAGCAGGGACCUGGUGUAGGAUGGGUGCCAGGUGCCUGAGUCCACCCUUUGUCCCUCCGCCCUUCUGCGACUGGCCUCUCCCGGUCCUGGUCUCCCCCUCACUCCUCUGCACCUCAGCGAGGCAGUGGUCCCGGCGGGUCCUGGCCUCCCUGCCCUGAACGGGCACCUGAGGGCCAGAGCCAGGGGCUCAUGCGCACACCCUGCCCACCCCCGGGGAGCGUGGGAGAGCAGGGACAGCACGCUUGUUGGUUUUAAAUGCACUUUUCUGCUUGCAAUGCCGUAUCUGUGCGUUUCCUUCAUCCUGGUCCUGGCUUUAUCGAACACCAUGUUUUUAGCAUGUUUUUAAAUAAAAAACUGAUAAUGUGUCAAAAGCACAAA